GCUGGAGUGGACCAGAUCCUUGAGAACAGUACAGCAAUCUCCAGCCGAGUCGCGUCUGAUCCGGCGGGGCGUGUCUUAGCAACCGUGGCCCACCACGUGCUGAAGGGCGGCUGUUUCCGCGCUCUCCCUUCGGAGCGCUACUUUGUGGACUACAUCUAUUGGCGCUACAGCAACGAGACCCACAACCUGACGCUGGCGAACUUGUCCGAAAUGAUGACGCACUUGAGUGUAGGGCCUGAGGCAGCCCAUGCGGAUCAUGACCACAGCGAACAUGACCAUACACAUGACGACCAUGCACAUGAGGGCCACACACAUGAGGGCCAUGUGCACGACCACCCCCAUGACGAUACUGGCCACGAUCAUGGUGACCACGAGCACCAUCACCACGGCAACGAAACGGACCAUCACCCCGCCAACGAAACGGACCACCACCAUGGCAACGAAACGGACCACCACCAUGGCAACGAAACGGACUAUCCUCACAGCCAUGAAAUGGACCAUCACCACCAUGGCAAUGAAACGGAUCAUCACCAUGGCAACGAAACGGACCACCACCAUGGCAACGAAACGGACUAUCCUCACAGCCAUGAAAUGGACCAUCACCACGGCAACGAAACAGACCAUCACCACCAUGGCAAUGAAACAGAUCAUCACCAUGGCAAUGAAACGAAUCACCACCAUGGUGAUGAAAUGGUCCGUCACAGGAGAAGCGUGCCUGGUCCAGAGGAGCGGGAGCGCCAGUAUAAAAUCUGGGACACGGCCUGCCUCAGCUCCAGCGACCUCUUUGAGAUCUACGGCAUUGAACAUGGCACAGGGGCAUCGCGCGAAGAUUUCACCCGCCUGAGCCCGGCACUGGUGCAACAGCAGCUCAGCAAGGCCUGUUCUGCCCCUCGGGCUGCCCCAGCUGGCGGGCGCCUCUCUGUUGCUGAGCGGUACCUGUACGGCUCGCUGGCGACGCUGGUGAUCUGCUUGUGCGCCCUCUUUGGCAUCGUGGUCCUCCUGUGCACGGCCUGCAUCAGCACCUACCAAUACGUGAUCCAGACCUUCGUCAGCUUGGCCGUGGGCUCCCUCACCGGGGACGCCAUGCUGCAUCUGAUCCCCAAGUUCCUGGGCCUGCAUUCCCAUGGCGAGGGGCACUCACACGAGGGGCACACGCAUGAAGCCGAAGAUCCAAAUGUGCUCUGGAAGCUCCUUGCCGUGCUGGGGGGGUUCUACCUCUUCUUUCUCCUGGAGAAGUUCUUCAUCCUUUUGGGACACUCAGACUGCGAGGAGGCAACUGGCAAGAACCACCAGUGUGACCACGGCAUGUCCCUGCAGCUGUACCAAGAUGAGAUGAAGAGGAGGAAGCAAGAGAAAGGGGCCUCUCACGCUGACCUGGUGACUGCGGAGGAGGCUGAUUUCCAACCACUGCGGAAGAGAGAGCGCACUCGAGAGAUGAUUAUGCUGCCCUACAUGAUCACCAUCGGCGACGCCAUCCAUAACUUCGCUGACGGGCUGGCCGUCGGAGCUGCGUUCUCUUCCUCCUGGAAAACCGGGCUGGCCACCUCCCUGGCGGUCUUGUGCCACGAAUUGCCGCACGAGCUAGGGGAUUUCGCUGCGCUGCUGCAUGCGGGGCUGAGUGUGAAGCGAGCCCUGCUGCUGAACUUUCUCAGUGCCCUCACGGCUUUCAUCGGCCUCUACAUUGCGCUCUCUGUCUCCACCGGACCGGAGUUUGAGGCCUGGGUCUUCACUGUUGCCACUGGCCUCUUCCUCUACGUGGCGCUGUGCGACAUGCUCCCGGCCCUGAUGAACGUGAGGGACAAGCGCCCCUGGCUGCUCUUCGCCCUGCAGAACCUCGGCCUGCUGGCCGGCUGGGGCAUCCUCCUGCUGCUCUCGGUGUUUGAAGAGAACAUCACGCUGUGAUGGCGGCGGAACCCCGAAAAGGACUUCGGCCCCUCUUGCUGGAUCAGGAGGAAAGGCCCUGUUGUGACACCCCUCCCCUGCCCCCCGUGGGAGCCAGCAGCCGGAGAGGGGAGCUUUCACCAGAACAAGGGGUGUUGGGGGGGUACAAUACUGGGAAGGGGGCGGAACCUCUGCAAACAUGGUAUUCUGACUUCUGAAGAGGACGCUCGGCUCAAAGCUGGGUGGACACGGCAACGGAUCUACGUGGUGCACCCUUCAGCAAUGUACAAGCUGCCCUCUGCUAUUUAUUUUAUUUAUGUUGGCCUUCCCCACACCUGCCUCUCACCCGACUCUUCUCACAAGGGACCUCAGCAUGCAGAAACUGCCAAGAUGCGAUUGACAGAACUCCUGCCCCCCCCCACUCAAUUAUAGGUCCUCAAAUGCUAGUCAGUUCCAUUUCUGUUGGUGGGCAGUGCCUCAGAAGGCGUUGGUGAUUUCCAGAUCGGGGCAGCCUCUUCUGUCUUUCCCUGCUGCCUUUCCGAGAUGGCCAUGCAACGGAAGCUUCUUCGCCUACCUCGGAAGGCACCACGGAGCUCCCGGGGGAUGCAGACAGACAUUUAUCCUGAAGAGAGGGCGUGCAAGAACGAGUAUAGUUCUGCAGACAGAGAGGAUAAAAUUCAGAUGAUUGGCCAAGAGGAUCUCAUGUCAAAAAGAGAGGCUUGAAUGAGUUGGGGAGGGUCAGAUUAUGACUGCCAGAUAAUAAUCGAUGGCAGUUUUUGUAUGUUCAGGGACUCCAUGUGAGGUGGCCUUCUUCCUCCCUCUUGUUAGAAGUACCCUCACUGCCCUGUUUUCUGGGAGGUGGGGCGGCCUCACUUCCAAAGAAACCAGCCCAGUCAGUUAAAAAUCUUUGUCGAUCUCAUAUCUACCUGUAAAGCCCCCCCCUCCCAAUGUUGGAUGUCUUGGGAUGGACUACAGAUAUCCUGAGCAUGAAGGAAGCAUUCUCUGUACAUGUUCUGAAGUAAUCUAGUUCUGUGUCACUGGUAUGGAAAAAUUAACUCUGAGACCUUGAGUCCAAGGAAGGCCGAAUGAAUGCAUUCUUUGCCCCCAUCUCCACGCAUGUUUGCAUUCAAGGGUUUCUUUUGGUGCUUCCUCUUCUGUCCUCACCCAGGUUUGCCUCUCCAGAGAGGCGCUGCCUACUCUCUGCAAAGGGUCUCCACCUACCCCCAUUCCCUGCACUGCCGCCCCCAAACGGGCCGUUGGCAGAGUCAUGGGCAGUCCUCCGGUAUCUCUUUUGUGGGAGCGCUUUGUAUUCGACGUUUGGUCUGUGAGAAAUAAAAUCGUGCUUUUAAACACU